UUUUUCGUUAAGAUCAAAAGGAAAAUAUUUUUUAUUUAAAUUUAUUUGUUUUUUGUUGUUUUUGUUAACUUUAUUUGGCUCUUCUGUCAAAAUUCGAUUAUUUUCCUCGUUUUUAUUAAAUUCUCCCUCCUCGUGAUCUGAACUAUCAUCGCAAUCAACUGGAAAUUUACCCUUAUUGACAUAUUCAUCAGUCUGUAUAUUAACAAAUGAAGUUUCUUCAUUAUCAGAUUGAGUCUUGGUAAUAGUUUGGUAUUCGCCCCCUUUUUCCCUUCUAUUUUUUCCUAGCUUCUCAUAUUUUAUGGCAAAUUAUAUAUCAUUCGAAAGAGCCAUUCGAACUGAGUCGAAUGACAUUAAAAUCAACGAAAUCUGACUUAAGUGAACAAAGUGUCGUGACCGUUUAUUUUACUCCUUUGAAUCUGCACGAAAAAUUUCCCGAACAAGGAUUCAGCUUUAUAAUUUUCGUAGGAAUCAUCAGAUCUAGCCAAUUUUGGUAUCAUUCGACCAAGCCCGAAGAGCUGUUUCGAAUGAUAUAUAAUAAAAUAUAUAUCAUUCAAAAAAGCUUAAAAUGGUCAGGGAAACGGAGGAAAAAGUGAGGAGGGAGGCGAAUUCCAAACUAUUACCCGAGUCUUUCCUAAGCUUGAAUUUGAACUAUAAUUUUGUAAAAUUUCUCUUUCAUUUUUCUUUUUUAAAUAAUAUUUACGAGCAUAUUCUUGCCUCAUUUCUACAUUAUUUUUAUUCCAUUUCUGCUGCUUUUCGAGAUACUUUUCCUUGUUCUUCAGGUAGUAUUCUCUCAGCAGUUUUUUCUUUUCAUUAUUAUUUGCAGAAUUCCGAAUUUCUUUUAAUUUAUCUUUAUUCUUUUGGUAAUAAUUUUUAUUAUUUUCUUUUAUUUUCUCUUUAUUCUUCUGGUAGUAUUUUUGAUCAGAUUUUUUCUUAGUUUCUUUAUACUUCUCAUUAUUCUUUUGUUGAUAAUUUUUAUUAUAUUCUUUUUUCCUCAACUUUUUUUCCUCUUUUGCAAUAGACUUUGGAUUUAACGUUUCUUUGUAUUUUUGAAUUUGAGGAUUAACCGACGACGAUUCAGCC